AUGAUGAACCGGCAAACUGUUGAAUGUCUUCGAGUAAAUGGAGUAUUGUCCCUUCCGAGCAUCCGCCUCCAGAGUGCCCUGUUGCAAACGUUUGUUGAGAGCGUGUUGCCCUCCAUGCCAAUCGUGGAGUGGCAGCAGUUUCUUACUGCCAUUCGGGAUGGAAAUGGUGCUCAUGGAUCUGUGAGCUUGCUGCUAUAUCUGGCUGUGAUGUUUUCCGCGACUACUUUUGUAGAACUGCAACAUUUACUCGCAGCCGGGUAUUCUAGCAGAACGGAGGCCCAUGAGGCUUUCUUCCAAAGAACCAAGCUUCUGUAUAAAGUCAACUAUGAGUCAGAUCCUCUGACCAUCGUCCAGUCACUACUUCUGAUGACCUACCGACUGGAUACAGCGGAUGGUCAGGACAGCCGUCACUGGAUCAAAGCUGCAAUCACCGUGGCUCGAUCAAUCGGCCUUUUUCAAGACGCUUCAAUAACAAUGAACUUCCACUAUAGCCCCAAACUGUGGAAACGAAUCGCAUGGUCAUGUUACAUGACAGACUGUGUGAUUGCAUUAAGAUUGAGAUGUCGAGCCGCCAUCGAGCGGGCCGAAUUCUGCCACCCACUCCUCACAGAAGAGGAUUUUGAAAUUUACACCCUUCCAUUGGAAAACCAGAUCCUGUCUCCUGAGUGCACGCUUGUCAGGAAUAUCAAGGCUCAAAGGGAUCUAGCCCAUGUCUGUAUCUCUACGGCCAAGCUUUGCACUUGCAUCAGCAACGUCUUAGAUCUCCAGGGCAAACAAAAUAACAACUUUGCCGUCUCACCCAACUCACCCUCGGCAAGUCCCAGUGAUGACUAUACUGGCCGAAUCUGCUCUUCAGAAAUGGAACUAGCAGACUGGGCAAAUACCUUACCACCACCCUGUCAGGCCUGUCCACUCGAGCCACACAGCAUCGAUGAAGAACCUACCGUCAUCCUCCAGCGCAACAUCCUCCACAUGAUCUUUUAUACCACCAUCGCCGUCUUCCAUCAAUCACAACCAUUCCCCUCAUCAAAGUCUUGUGUCCAACUUGCCGCCAAUCAAAUUUCUCGAAUUACUUCUGAACUCUAUCAACAGAGUUUGCAACACCGAUUACCCGUCGUUGGCGUUACGGCCAUCCUUGUCGCACUGAUUAUUCACGUUUCCGAAAUGAAAACGUCUCACUCCGAGCAGCGAGAUGAAGCUGUACAAAAUUUCCAGUUAUGCCUUGAUGUCAUGAGCAGUCUUCGGGAGUUGUAUUGGGAAGCUAACACUGCUACUGCGUGGGCGUUGAAUGUUAUUCAAAAAGUUGCGUUUAAUGCGGGUUCUGGGUAUGACUGUCGAUUCCGAGAACGAUCUUUUUCAAGCGAUAGCAGCUUGACGGAGCCGCUUGGUACAGUGAUGCCGAUGAUUGGCAUCUCGCCGAUGGAUCAAUAG